GUUGUUGAUCUUUGUGGUAGCUUGUGAUUAAAUUUUCACUUUAAUAACACUAUGUCCAUUGUCCAGAAGGACACCAAGGCCGACUCCACCGGGGACAUGUUGUAUUUUGACUCCCUCUCAAAGAAAAGUACCCCAAACUUAUCAAGAAAAAACUCUCCUUCUAGUUCUCCCAAAAAUGGAGGGAGAUCUAUUUCAAAGUCCACUUGUAGUGAAAGAGGAGGAUCGAGAUCACCUUGCAGUGCUAGAGGUGGAUCGAGAUCACCUUGCAGUGCUAGAGAAGGAUCCAGAUCCCCCUGCUGCAAAUCAAACAGUGCCGAGGGGGGAACUAAAAAAACAACAGACAUUCACCUCGAUCCCAACAGCACCCUUCAUCAGAAAUAUGCACUCGGGCCGGAAAACUGUAAGGCCGGUUUGGAGCCACACAUCAGUUUAGCGGAUAUGGACGACAAAGCGCUGGAAGAAUACCUGGGGACAUUCCAGCCUGCUCUAUUGGGGAGCCUGGCACAGGGGAAGCUAACUUCUCUCGGAUUGAGGGAAGGGGUCGACGAAGAUAUAAUGACGAGGAUACGGCUCAAAUGGAAUACCAGUCGGGGAAUGCCCCCCAUUUUUGGGUUCUUCGGAAAAGUAACAGCCAAAGGAAAGAAAGCACUUUUAAACUCCUUCGUCUUACUUAUCAUCAACUUAAUCUUCUUAACGGGCUGCGCUUUCGCAUUUGUGUCUAUCGAAAAUAAUGAGAAGUAUCGAUCAAAAGCGAUCGGCAAAUACCUGGGACUUCAAGGUGACUUUAAAUAUUUCCUUAAUAAAACCCACGACCCUAACGAUGAAGAUGGGAUUCCUCAUCUUCCAGGAAUGACACCCUGGGAUGAAGAUAGAUGGGCGGAGUUAAAAGGUUUGCAUGGAACGCGGUGCUUCAAGCUCGACAACGUUAAUACGCAAAAGAACCUGUGGAACUUUUGGAGCUCUUUAGACUUCUGUGCCACUGUUUUAACCACUAUAGGUUACGGCAGCAUGUCACCACGAACUCAUGCCGGGAAGUGGUUCACACUUUGUUAUUCUGUUGUCGGUAUCCCCAUAAUGGCGAUGUACCUAGCACUCUUCUCUAAGGGAAUAGUUGCCUUUCUCAGUGCCAGUAUCAACUUAUUCUCCACCAUAAUGUCUAAAGUGAACAGACAGUUUGAGUUGCGAGAUAUGACGACGAGAGUGUUCUCUCUUUUCGUUCUCCUGCUUGCUCUCAUUGUAUUCAUUUGUAUGUGGUCUGCGAUAUUGAACAAUAGUAACCCAACUGACUCCUUCGUAAAGUGCAUGUACUUCUACGUCAUCACCCUGACCACGGUGGGACUGGGUGACAUUUCCAUGACGGAGGCUAACCACCUCGUUCUUAUCCGGGUCUUGUUCGUCUUUUGUAUUGGUCUGACGUUAGUGACCUCAGUGUUCAAUGCUAUCCGGUCUGUAUCUGCAGCUCAUACCAGGAUGCUGAAAGCAAAAGGAAGGAAACUGACCUCGAAAGCCCAGGAGGUCGUGAUGGACGGAGCAAACAAGUUGAUGAGACACACCAAUAAUACCAACAACGGAGACGGACAAACAGACCUCCUCACUAAAGAUGAUGACAUGGAAAAUGGACAACACGAGAUGGUGGAGACUACCUUUAUGGCAGUGGACGAAGAAAAUGCUGGGUUUAACUCUAGCAACCACUACAACAACCACUACAGCUAACUAUCACAGCUGAGCAUAUUUUGCAAAGAUUUGCGGAGUCUGUGAAAAGAUUCGUAAUCGAAAAUCAAAGUUUAAUUACCUAAAUAUUGAGGUGAGACGAACCAUGUAUUACACCAAAAAAGAUACGCGAGAUUCAGCGAGCUUCCGAUUUUAAUACGUGGGAAGGAUACCCACUUUUAAUGAUGUCCACUCCGAGAACUGUUAACGUAAUAUUUAUAUUGAGGCGGCAUAUGCGGCAUAUUGUGCGACAUUGUGUGCGACAUUAUGAGCGAGGGAACUGACAAACUUAGACACUAGCAAGCAGAACUUGAGAACUUAUCUUUUGGUGUUUAUUAGUAACCACACUAAGAUCUUACUAGAGUACUCAAAUGUGAAUUAUAGCUUUUGUGGCUAUUUAUCGAGAACUGAGUCGGCCAACCAUUUGAAUCGUAGGGGCUCAAGAGUCGAUAUGUGGAGCUUUUAAAUUAAAUUUUUAUACGUAUUUAUCCUUGUUGAAUAUAUAUUAUGUUCAUUUUAUCUUAUCUCCAUCA